CACCGCCGCGCCACUAUCAGAACUCGUCGUUAGUACCGCGGUCAGAUUCAGCGGGUGGAAAAGAAUCAUUUAAUACAUUGAAAACGAGAAAAUCACAAACGGGAAGUAUCGUGACGUUUUUUUUUUGUGAAAAUCGCAACGGCAUUAUUGAUUUAAAAAUGUGACAAUUAAUGUCGGCCAAGCUACGAGUGGAACGCUUUAAAGACUGCCGUCCCCUCUGAAAUCAGAUCAGUGAUAAAAUAGUGGUGGAGGUUCGUUAUAUUACAAAAGCGUUGAAUAUGUGGUGGCUAGACUGUGUUACGUUGGACUUAAACGUCAAUACUCACGAGCCGGGUGAAGUUCCUGAAACCUCGACUACUGGGCGAUAAAACAUCUCACGAAUUCUGAAAUUAUCCUCGAUUCUCACCCUGUUACGUAGAAUACGACUUAACUUAUCGACAUUAAAUAAAAAAGAGGCCAAUAUCAUGGCGCUAGUCAUGCUGCCUUGUGAUCUGCCGUGGUGGGCAACAGUUGUUAAACAGCUGGAUUUAGUUGCAGAUGCUAAAAACUCUGAACAACUCUUAGAUGCGAUGCAUCAACUACACGACAUGUGCAACAUAAGUUUGGAUCCUGACGAGGAUGUUCAAGACCCAAACUUGUUUACCGAACUGGCAAAAUUCAUUGAUGAGGACUUGACAAUUGCGGAACGAGAAAAGAUUUUCACCAAAACAAUACCCCGGCUGGUCCAACUUGCAAAGUCUCUCAAGUCCACCAAACCUCCACAAGGAUUACAUUUCAGCCUACAGCAACAAACUGACAACAUUGAGUACAGUUACAAGUUUGUUUCAUCACUUAUAGCAAAUGCAUUUUUUUCAACCUACCCGAAAAGGACAAAAAAAACUCAUCCCACAUUACAAGAUUUUAACUUUACUAACUUCUUCAAACACCUUCACAUAAACAGUCAGAAGGCGAAGUUGAGAAGUAUAUUUGCCUACUUUGAUUUCUUGGAUGAGGAAUCGGCACUUGAUGGGAAACUCGUAGUUUCCAGACAGGUGAUGACUUCAAAACAGUGGCUGACGAUUGAAGACUGGCUAGAGAGCAGCGUUCCUCUUUGCCCUCUGACCAUUCGUCACGAAGGGAGAGUUGAGAGGGCUGAAGCCAAUUUGUUACAUGUAUGCUUCACCAGCGCACGACUUGGCGGCGGAGUUCUAAGCAACGAAGUAAAUCAAGAAAGUAUUCAAAUGGCAACGCAUCCAGAACUUUUGGCUACAUUGCUAUCAGUUGAAGCAUUGGAAGACAAUGAGAUUCUGAUAGUAGAAGGGGCCAGACACAUUUCUAGAAUAGGUGACCCAAAACAUAGAUCAACCUUUGAGAGUAUACCAAAGCCAAAUAUGGUAACAAUAUGUUGUAUGGAUGCAGAGGACUAUUCAACUAUGCCAUUGACACAGUACGAGGAAGACAAUGUCUUACGAGAAAUGAACAAAUCUUUGUUGGGAUUCAGGCAAAGACACGUUCCCACAAGCCCUACCGAUCCUGUCAAAUUAGAACCAGAUCCAGGAGCUCGAAGGCUAUCACCUAUCGGAGAAAGUUUCAGCAGUACCCCACCUGAGGCUGAAGAAAAGCCCAUAGAAACAUGUAAUAAUAACAUAAAAGCACCAAUAAAUAAGGAAUCAAUCAUAUCUAAUGAGAUCGAGGUGAGAACAAGACCCAACGGUAAAUCUGUUCGGUCCCCAAGCCCUGUUAAUACAACAGGCUGCAGCAAUAGGAGGGGUCGAUUUAUUGUUCUUGGUUCAAGCGGCGAGGUUUUACCUGUAACGAGAAAGUCUCUGGGUCAAAUGUCAGUUUACAGCAGUUGCAACAGCCAGAGUACUGAUAGUUUUCACAGUGCAAAAGAAACUAUUGAAGAGGAACAAGAGGAAGACGAGGAACAAAAAUUAACAAGGCGAUACAGCACGCAGUUAGACACACUGGAACGUAGAGGGACAUUUGCUCAGAGGUUGAAAGAUGCACUAAGACGUGAAAGUACUGCGACAGGAACAACUUCUUCAAUUUCAUCAGUAGAGAGUAGUUAUGCUGUUGGUAUAAGUGUGGCUGGGAGUCAUGUUGGCGAUGAAGAUAUUAAAGUCAAAAGAGGCGGAUCAAGAGGUUUUGUUCUAAGAGAUGAUACAGUGGACGAAGACUUUUUAAAAGAAUCAUUGGAGGCUGAGCAGAAGUGGCUUGGAAGAUUUCGACAAAGUCAACAUCCAAUGCUGCAAAGAAGAGACACUAAUGCCAGUAGCAAGUACAGUUUCAGUACAGAGUACAGCUCAGAAUUUUCGUCAGAACUUGAAGAAGUUUAUGAACAACUGUCGAAGUGGCUAGAAGAUCCAAUAGUUGCUGAUGAAAACCGCGAACUGGAUGCUAGAGAUAGGGCUGUUGUGAGAUUCGCUGGUUCGUUACUCAAGAGAGCGCUCAGUGAAUCAUUUGCUGGAGUUCCUGUCCAGGAGGGAGAGCCGCAAGCUUUAAUUGGUUCCGAAGAUGUACAACAGAGGCACAAACUUGCUUUAGCAGUCAGAAGCUUAAGUUUAGAGCUUGCACGUCACAAGCACAAAAGACAACAAUCGGUUUCCGAAGGUGAGUACCACACAAAUUAUGAAGAUGCUCUGAGUGAAGAUCCGAGUAUUGCCAAAGACGUGCGAUCAUCCCAGCGCAGGAAGCUAUGGGUGAUUUCUUUUACAUCUGAAGUGAGACAGACCCUGGUCGAUGACAAGGCAACAAUAUCCCUGCCGCUAAAUGUAGUAGCAGAAAUCAAUAUGGACAAACCAAUGAACGAAGAAGGGAAACUAGCAGAAAGUUACCAAAUCGAAUGUGUAUCACAAAGUUUAGGACAAGAAUCGAGCACACAGGAAGCCAUGGUGUUACCUGGGAGCAAAAUUGCGACACCAGUAAUCGAUGUGCCCAGAGAAAGCAGUCCGCAAGCUGGUGGCUUAUUGCCAGUUGUGACUGGUAAUUGGGGUUGCGGUUCGAGAUUAAAAGGUGAUCAUCAACUAAAACUAGUCAUACAAUGGCUGGCGGCGUCUCUUGCAGGUGUUCCUAGACUAAUCUACUACACAUCAGGACAUCCUAGCCUAUCAAAGUUGGACACGGUAAGUAGGGUAUUGGUUGACAGACACUGGACAGUUGGAGAUCUUGCUACAGCAACUUUGAGAUUUGCAGUAAAGACAAUAGAGGAAAGAAUUGAAGGAAGAAAUAGCCUUUUCGAAGAAUUAAUUGGAAUGGAUAAACCGAGCCCUUAGCCCAACACUAUGCUGUCUGUUCUAGUGGAUGUUUUAGCCACUAUGAUCGAGGAUAGCUUACGAAUCGAAUAAGAUGUUAUAAGUGAUUAGAACAAGCAAACAUUGUUUUAAAAUACUAGUUGCAAAUUGGGGGCUCAUUAUUUUCAGUUCAAGUUUUUUUCUCAGGCUUUAACGAUAAUAUCGUAGAAUUUACAAACUAAAAGAUGCCAACGAUAAAUAGAAUGAGUUCUACAAAUGAUAUAGUAUUUGAAAUCGAAGUGAAAAAUUGCAUAUUGUUACUGAUAAACGAGAAUAAAAAUUAUUGAAACAAUAGUAAUAUAACUUUGAGAUAGGCGAAAACGGUUAACUAAUCUAUAAGGUCAUAGAAAUUAAGAUCUAAGAAAAAUAUUUUCAGUUACAAUUUUAACGAUUCUCUUUAACUGAUUUGUUUGUACAUAACGAUGAAGAAUUAUUUGAGCAAGACAAAUAAUUGAUAGUUUGAAAAAACACGAAUCGCAAAUAGUGUGAAGUAAAUAGCGUGACUUUUAUAUCACAAACUAAAUAGCAUAUCACAGUUCAAUAAGGGAAGAGAGAUGAAAUCUCGAAACAAGAUCAAAUAAUAAUAGAAUGCACAAAUUGAUUGAUAAAAUUAUUUUUUCUAAAUUAACAAGUAAAAUCUUUAGUGAACAGUAAGUGAAGCGGGUCGUAUGAAAAAGUAUGAAGCUUGUAAAAGGCAAUAAUUAAAGAGGCACAAUAUACACAUACAUUAUAUGCUAAGUACUACAUAUAUUUUGUACAGUAAUAUUUAUAAUAAACCAAUACGAAAUGUCAAAAAAAAAAUAAUAAUAAUAAUAAUAAAAACAAUGAAUAAAAGUGAUUGAAUUUUUAGAAAAAACUUUUAGACAUGCUCUGUAGUGUUUCACUGUUGUGAACAUAUACGUAAGCUUUUAUACAGAAGCACACGUUUGAAAUAAAAAACCAAUAAUGCUAAUUUUUGUCACUCUUCUGUAGUUUAUUGAUAGAAACGUUGAAGAAAAAACAUAAAAUUGAAGAUAUAAAAUAAAUUUAAAUAAUCAUCGUUAGCAGUGUUUCACCAUGUAAACGUGCCGAUUGAAAUAAGGUCUUCCAUUAUAAGAAAAGGAUGCAUGCAAGUAUCGGAUCUACAUAAAAUGAAUAAAUAAAUAUCUAAAAAACGUAAUUACCUGCUCACAAUAAAACGAUAUGACCAUCGUUUCUCCCGGAAUGUUAACGAAAUUUUAAACCACAUAAUUAACAUGUAACGUGUAAAAAUGUAUUAUAUAUCGUAAAUUAAUUAUUACCUACCAUUGUAGAUAGUGGGAAUUAAUAAUAAAUUUGUAUGGCAUUUAAAUGUUGCGUUUAUGUCGUUUAUGUAAAUAUCUAUAUGUAUAUCAAUUAGCUGCAACCGUUCGAAAAGCACACGGAAGUCAUACGAUGGUGCCAUGUCGAUGCCUCGCAAAUUCAAAAAGAAAAAAAAAAAAAAAAUUACCAGUAAGUAGAUCAGCCCACCCUCCAGUUCUGAAUUUAUUCUUAAGUUUUAACCAAAUUUCAUCCAAAACUGUAGUUACCACCGAUAUUAGUUGACUUUUAAAAUCUUGUGAUAAAUAUAGGUAUACACAGACUAUACAUAUACAUGUAAGUAUAAAUAUUCGAAUAGUUUUAUUUAACAGUUAUAUCACAUUACAUCUUUCCUGUACAGGGUUACUGCAGUUGUUUAUCAUGAAUGAACGAUCUGCGCAUGGUGUCUCAUCAUUAUUGCAUUUACUUAUAUAUUGUAAAUGUUGAAUUAUUAAAGGGGGUCUCUAAGCAAUGACAAGAUUUAUGGGCUGUUGCGUAUCGCAAUGCUGAGGUUGAGUGUUAAUAGCUUAUGAGUUUAAGUUGAAACUAUAAA